AUGAAGGUGGAAGGUUUACAGAGGGACAGCGAGUCGGCCUCUGCGUCUGCAGACCGGCCCGGCGGCGGCAGCCCGGACUCGGCCCAGCGCUGCAUGUCACGGCUGCUGAGCGCGGUGGAGAGCGAGCUGCAGGCCGGGCGGGAGAAGGGCGACCCGACGGAGAGGGAGCUGAGGGUGGCGCUGGAGGACGGCGAGCUGUGGAGGAAGUUCCAGCACAUCACCAACGAGAUGAUCGUCACCAAGAACGGACGUCAUAUCAUGUUGAACUCGCUCCAUAAGUACGAGCCUCAGCUUCACAUCGUCUGUGUCGGUUCUCACCAUCGUCUGGUUUCUAACAUUUCCUUCAAAGAGACGCAGUUCAUCGCUGUCACCGCCUACCAGAACGAGGAGAUCACUGCUCUGAAGAUCAAACACAACCCGUUUGCUAAAGCCUUCCUGGACGCUAAAGAGCGGAACCCGGGUGGACGGAGUUUACCAGACUCAUCAGAGACUCGAGUUUCUGGGAUUCAAUCCUGCUGGUCGCUGUGUUCAGCCGGAGGAGGCGGGGCUUUCCCUUACGGCAGUAGCCUCCCGCUGACAUCACAUCAUCACCAUGGUUACAAACACCACGGUUACCCGGGGCGACACUCCCCUUACCCCACCUCCUACCUGCCGCACCGCCCCCACUCCGCAGGUGUUCAGGUGUUGGACGGAGGCAGCAGCGCCCCCUCUCGUCUGAUGAGCAGUUCUUCAUCAUCACAGCCUCCUCCUCAGAACUCCAGUCAGUAUCCGUGUCCCUGGACGGCUGGAUGCAGCGAGCUAAGCCCCUCCCACCCGCCGUGCAACGCUCUCCACGGACCAAUCGGCAGCGAGAGUCUUAUGCAGCAUGCCAAUCACGGCCGAGUGGGUGGUGCCGGCUGGCCAUCUGGCCCCACCCAUUCCUUCUGAGGAGGGAUGUGAUUGGUGGGAUGGGUGACUGUUUACCACUGGUUAAUACUGAUACUUAUCAGUAGUGUGUAGUGUGUGAGUACUUGUACUCGUGGCUCAAAAGCACAGAACCGUGUAAAACCUGUUGUUUUUAAUGUACAGGGGAUUGAGUACAUAUCUAGUGACCCCUGGUGGCAGAUUAUAUGUACUACAGGUUUAUACAGGUUGCUGAUGCUAUGAAUAAGCAUUGGUUGCUAAUUGCAGCUACUUAGCAUUAUGCUAAUGGUUUGCCAUGGCUCCUCCUGGUGGCUACUAAUACGUUCAUGCUAAUUGUUAAUAAUAAAAUAUAAAACAUUAUUAAUAUGAUUAAUUAAUUAAAGUCUGUUGUUUUACAAACCAUUGACGACUGAUGGCCUCUUACAUCUGUGGCUAAAUAUCCGCUGGUCCUUCAUCUAUUGAUUAUUUAAACUGGUGGCUACGAGUUUCCACGUGUGGCCACUUGUAACGUUUGUAAUUAUCUUUACAAUUCAGUGACGACUAUAAAAAAUGUUUACCCGUGUUUAACGAUGCAAAACUACUGGCAACCACAGGUGGUUAUAUUUGGUUACUUAUACCUGAGUGAUAAUAGCAUUUAGCGGCCACGAGUGGUUCAUUAUUUCAUGUAAAUACUCAGUUAUUAAAUGCACAAGAUGAUCAUGUAAAAAGUUCUUCAGUGUAUCAUGUUUUGACGACAGGUUUGAUGUGACACUCUCUGUACUGUUGUUGAUGUUAUGGCGCCUCCUGGUGUUGUCCUGAGGGAUGUUGUCUUUAUUUAAACGUGGACGUGUGUACAGUGUCUGAACAAGUGAAGACAUUCCAUCAAUGUGUUUUUGCAACAAAACCAGUUUUGUCGUUCAUUUGUUUCUCGUUUGUCGUUGUUGUUUCUCGACUUUUCCUUAUUUCUGAAA